GAUACUACAUAUUACACGGUUGGCAAUACUGAUACGUCUUCUCUCUCGAUAGAUACGCGAAGACAAGUUAUCACGUACUGCCAGAGAGUGUUUCCUUAUAUCAGUGAAAAUCGUAUAUAACUAUUAGUCGAUAACUUUUCCAUCGAUUAAUUAAAAAAGUGAACAGUGAUAUCAGACGUCUCAUGUCUUCAAUAUUAAGCCUUGUGUUUUUCCAUGUCGUCACUUUCUCCUAGUUCAUCGGAAUUGAUAUGUUAAAAAGUGAUUUAAUUGAAUGCUUAGCAGUGAAUACGUUCUAGCCAAGGUUACGCGUUAUAAAUACGUAGCGAAUAGACACACAUCAAUCGCAUAAGCAAGUCAUCGUCAUGAUAGAUAAAGUUCCUCGUUAAAUGGCCUCAAGAUGGCUAAGAUUCAAAAUUGCGACAGUUCUAUACUGAAAUUGACAACCGAGCAGAAGGAAUACGCAGCAAAAGUUCUAAAUGAACACGACGAAAAUAGAGAAACCGCCAUCGUGGAGAUUAAACGUUGGAUUCAAGAGAACGAUUUACGCGCACGAACUGAUGAUUUGUUUAUUUUACGAUUUUUGAGAGCUUGCAAAUUUAAUCUCGAGAAAACAAAGACCAAGAUACGAAAUUAUCAAAUGCAGCGAGCUAAGAUGCCAGAAUGGUACGGUAACAGAGAUCCGCUUCAACCAAAAUUGCAAGAAUUACUAGAUUUGGGAAUUUGUUUACCUUUACGAAAAUUGGACAAUAAAGGAAGAAUGAUUAUCCUCAUUCGCCCUAUGCAUAAUCCAAACAUAUUUACAAUAGCGGAUGCACUUAAGGCCUCAUCCGUGUCUAUAGACUUGGCCUUAAGGGACAGCGUUGAAGCAUCCUUGUACGGUUUAGUAAUAAUUAUAGAUUUGCAAUAUGCAACUUUACGUCAUCUUGCUCAAAUUCGGCCUGGUAUUUUAAUGAAUAUGGUCCACGCGUGGCAGGGUUGCUACCCCAUAAGAAUUCAAUUGCUUAAUUAUGUUAACACACCGAAAUCUGCUGAAUUUAUUAUGAUGUUGACUAGAUAUUUCUUGAGCGAUAAACUGAAACAAAGAUUACACAUCUACACGCACAAAACGACGCAUGAGUGUUUUACAAAUAUAUCGGCUAAUAUCUUACCUGUUGAAUAUGGCGGCACUGAUGGUACAAUUCAGGAAUUAACAGAAUUUUGGAAGAAAAUGAUCGAAGAAAAUCGUGACUGGUUUAUCGACGAUGAAAAUUAUAAACCAGUUUUAUGAAAAGAAUAAAAAUUUUGUGAAUUAAUGUAACUUCUUUGUGCAUAAUUAUUUUUUAUGAUAAACUUAUGAUUCACUUAUUUUGAUCUUGAUUUGUAAUGAAUCUUUCAAAGACAGAUUCCUAGGAUCAUUUGGAGAC